ACUCCUCCCCUCCCAGAUGGAGCAGAAGACCCCUUUACCUCAAUCACACCCUGAGGCCUUGAGACUCCAAGCUCCGUACUUCGUGCGUCUAUAAAAAGAGCUUUCCUCCUCGAGGAAGCAACAGCAGACUACUGAGCAUUUCAUCACAGACCAGAGAGGAAGCAGGAGAGAAAGAGAGGGAUCACAGUUAAGAGUCGCCACUCAAGAAAGAUCUGUGGAUAAACGGAGGGAGGAAAAGAAAGAAAAGAGAAUAACAAAGGAAUUGGAGAAGGCUGACGAUGGUGUGUCUAUGUUGGUUGCUAGUGGUGGUGAUGGCAUAUGUGUGCGUCCCGGGGUUCGGGUCUGUGUGCUUGGACAGCUCCAUCUGCAACGACCUGAGCAACAAGGGAAGGAUACUGGACUGCAUUCACCUCUGCAUGUCUGUGAUCCAGGCUCAACUCCCAGAGGUCAGUGCAUUGGCCCUGAAGGUUAAUGAUGAUGAUGACCUCUUAUUCAGCAUCCUUUCGGCCACACUGGCCUCUGAAAAUAAGAUAUCAGAGUCAGACCUGAGAGACAACCGCGACCAGCGACGCUCCUAUUCAAUGGAGCAUUUCCGCUGGGGUAAACCCUUUGGAGACAAGAUAUCAGAGAAAAAGCUGAAGGCCCACAACGACAAGAGACGCUCCUAUUCAAUGGAACAUUUCCGCUGGGGGAAACCCUCCGGCCGCAAACGCCGGCCAGUCAAAAUCUUUGCCUCCCCUCUGGAAGGAGGGGGCUCUUCUGAGGGCAGUUUCCCCCCUCAGGCUCGCAGGCAGCUGAGCAGUAAGGAGGAUGAAGCAAAGGAGGACACGACUCAAGGAUUGCCCCAGGCGAUGGUCAGCUCCAAGUCACAUGCCCAGUUGAGCCCGCAGGAAAGAAAGGAUGGGACCUAUCGGAUGAGUCACUUCAGAUGGGGGAGCCCACCUGCCUCUAAACGUAACGACAGCUUUAUGAAGCCGUGGGAGGAAAAACCUCAGGGGCAGCUGGCUAAGCUCCUCAGGAACAUUAUAGUCAAGGGUGUGCAGAGGAGAAUGGGAUGAAUGGAGGAUGGAGAUGGGGGGAAGGAGGGUUAGCUGAUAGAGCCAUUGCAUGUUACUACCCACAGCUCUUAAUUUUAAAUUACAAGAACUUGUCACUGUCAUUAGUAUGUUGUUGAAUGUGUUUUCUGGGACAAAGGUUUGUCUUAUGACCUUAACGUAAGAUAAGCAAGCAAGAAACAAGGCAGUUUUAUGGUAAAUAAAACAGCUGAUGCACCCAUUGACUCACUUGAACUUCUUGGCCUUGACUUCAAAGCUUCCUUAGGAACAUUUUUUCUUGUUGGAAAAGUUACUACUGAUCCAAAUGUUUUGAAAAAGGAAGUAAAAAAUGAAUGCCAGCCCAGGCCUUGAGGUGGGUGUAAAGGAAAGUAUUUUAAAAAGCAUACAGUUUGUUUUACAGAGUGGUAUCUUUUUGUAAAUUAUAAUAACAUUAAAGAUUAUUCUGUUUGCGGCAUA